CAGAGCUCCAACCCUUAAAAGUCACUUUUUAGAUCAAAAAUUUAAAAGUUUAAGUGCUUGGCUUCUCGAAAAUCGUAUAAAUUACAGUACUAAAUUUUUGUUGUUACAAACCGAGGGAAAUCCUGCUGCAAUCAUGGUCUGUCUUUGCAAGUAUAUGCGCAAAAUACUUCAAAGAUGUUGCUUUUGCUACUCAUUGAGGACAGGAACUUUAAUAUUUGGUUGCAUAUUCCUAACAUGGUUCUGUUAUCUAACCUUUGGCACUGCCUUCAUGAUGGAGUGCAUUUUCCCAAAUGAAUAUCUACGUGAUUCCUUUCCACCGGCGGCCCUGAAGACCACAAUGGUAUUCUCAUUCUUUGGCAUUAUAGCUGCAGCAUUUCUCUGCAUUGGUGUGCACAAUAACAAUGAGAUCCUCUUUAUACCCUUUUUGGUUUUAACACCAAUCUGGAUGUUUGUACACAUUUUGGCUCUGAUAAUUUAUUCCUUUGUCGUGGUCAUAAUCAUAUUGAUUGUAAUUACACUAUUUGUUCUUUUGUAUGCCUGGCUGGUGGUCUGGUCCUAUUUCGUUGAACUUCUCUAUGCCUACGAUGAAGAUCUCUAUCUGCCGACCUAUACAUAGACGAGUAGUUGUUAUAGUAAAAUGAUUGAAAUCCUUUAUCUUUGGCCUCAUGCAAGAAUUGUCUUUCGUAUGUUUCAAAUGGAUUUCAAAAUUUAUGUUUUAAUAACAGAAUGUCGUUCGGUUGAGAUGCGUCUCAUUUACCACAGUCACGUGACAAAAUGA